AUGUACCUCCGUCAGAGGCGUAAGGAUUUCGACUGGCAGAACAAUCGAGCUCCUCUUCUCAGCCUUCCCUCUAAUAGGUCCCGAGACAGAACGCGAGCUGCUGCCCUUCGGGCCAAACAGGAGGAAGACGUUCGAGGACAAACCCCUGAUACUCUGCUGGAGCUCUUCCAGCUGCUAGCCUCCCGUCGCGUCACUGGCCACGAAGCACUGGCUGUCAUCCGCAACUUUCUUGAGGAGCACGGUAUCAUCGAACAGCACGAAUAUGCACUGAGCGGGUUCGACGAUCCGAAUCUGUCCACGACCGAACUUUUUCGUCGCGGUCUCCUUCGUCCCACAGCGCUCGAGAUCUUCUACAGGUGUUUGGACCGCAAUCUCAAAGCCGGAUUCAGGGAGCGUAUCUUGCAUCAAGCAUUUGCUGCAGGGUCUUCUUCUCAUCAUCAAGCUUCGACAGACACAGAGGACUCCCCCCAACAGAGCCGUACCUCUGAUUCACCAAUAUCACUUCGAAAGUCAUUUCAAGUAGCCCUCGGUAGAACCAUCACGAGAGAAGAGCUCCCCUCCCUCUUUGCGAAUUCGCACGCUCCCAGAUGGUAUGCCAGCAGAAAGCUGGAUGGUGUUCGGUGCCUCUUCGUCGUACGUCUACAUCAGAAGUCGAAAGAAGAUGCUCGAAAGACAUGGGAGGUCGGCUCCAUACUUGCACUUUCACGCAAUGGCAGGCCCUUCUCAACGCUAGCCGUCUUGGAAAAGGAGCUCGUGCAGAAGCUGUGCGACUUUCCAGGCUUGCAGGAUUUGCUCGGAUCAGCGGAGGUCUCAUCGGCCCACAAUACAAGCGGCGAUGAGCAACCGACGACCGCAACUCUCAUUCUAGACGGCGAAGUCUGCAUCCUGCGGCCGCCAGAGCAAGCCUCAGCCUCUGCAGUCAAGCAGUUCGAUGCAGCUCUGCAUGACACAAAUCACCACGCGGCAGAGCAGACCAUGGUUGAAGAUUUUGGCGCGGUCGUCGGCCUCAUUAAACGCAAGAACUACACUAUACGCGACCCGGCCUUCUUCCCGUUCGACUUGCUUACCUUGGAGGAGUUCACAAACUGGCGGUCGCAGCCCGAUAGCGGACAGACAAAGAGAACAUUUGCCCAGAGGCUUGUGUCACUCGAGUCGCUCAUUUCGUUCUUCGAGUCAGCCGCGCGAGAGAAAGGAGACCAGAGCCUCGUUCGCAAGCUCUCGCAGCACGUGGUUUCCACGACGGAACAGGUCGAACAAAUGCUUGCCACCGCUAGCCAGCGCGGCUGGGAGGGACUGGUCCUGAGGCAGGAUACGCCGUACGAGGGGAAACGCACUUCGGCCAUCCGCAAGUUCAAGGAGUGGAAGGAUGCCGAGUACAUCGUGCAGGCUAUCACGGUGGCUACCAUGCGCUUGCCCAUCGAUGGCACUUUCGAAGAGCGAGAGGCUAUGGCGAGCAUCCAGAUCGAGCACAAGGGUACACGAGUUUCUGUCGGCUCCGGCUUCACGCCAGAGCAGCGUGUCGAGUUUGCUAGUGAUCCGGCCAGGAUUGUGGGCAGGGUCGUGACUGUCGAAUACUUUGACGAGUCCAAGACGACUGCUACAGCGACGGCGGGGCAGGGUCAGGUGGGCGAUGGUGAGACGGGUAGGCACGUGUAUAGUCUGCGCUUUCCUCGCAUCAAACACAUCUGGGGUCAGAAACGCGACGUCUAG